AUUUGGUGACUCAUUGUCUCUUUGCCCUGAAGGCCAAUUCCAGCACAAUCAUUCACAGCAAAUUAACUUUCUUUAUUCGCCUACAACUGCAGCAACAAUAGCAGCAGGUUCACGGAUGGGGAGUGGAGCGAGUGCAGAAGACAAGGAAUUAGCGAAAAGGUCAAAACAACUGGAAAAGAAACUACAGGAAGAUGCGGAGAAGGAGGCCAGAACUGUAAAGCUGUUGCUUCUCGGUGCUGGAGAAUCAGGCAAAAGCACCAUUGUUAAACAAAUGAAAAUCAUUCAUCAGGAUGGUUAUACUAAGGAAGAAUGUUUAGCUUUUAUUUCCAUCAUCAAUGGCAACAUUCUGCAGUCUAUCCUGGCUAUCAUUCGUGCCAUGUCCACCAUUGGAAUCGAUUAUGGGGACUCUGCAAAUGCGGAAGCUGGGAGGCAGCUUUUUAAUCUUGUGGAUUCUGUUGAAGAGGGAACCAUGCCGAAGGAACUGGUGGAUGUUAUAAAGAAGUUGUGGACAGACUCUGGAGUUCAGGCCUGUUUCGAGAGGGCAGCUGAGUAUCAGCUCAAUGACUCGGCCUCCUACUACUUGAAUAACCUGGACAGAAUCACUGCUGCUGGUUACAUUCCAAAUGAGCAAGAUGUCUUGAGAUCCAGAGUUAAGACCACAGGUAUUAUUGAAGAACAGUUUUCCUGUCAGGACCUGCACUUCAGAAUGUUCGAUGUUGGUGGACAGAGGUCAGAGCGGAAGAAAUGGAUCCACUGUUUUGAAGGAGUUACCUGCAUUAUUUUCUGUGGUGCUCUUAGUGCAUAUGACAUGGUGCUGGUCGAGGACGAUGAAGUGAACCGAAUGCAUGAGAGUCUCCAUCUCUUCAACAGUAUUUGCAACCACAGGUACUUUGCAGCCACCUCCAUUGUGCUGUUUCUGAAUAAGAAGGAUCUUUUUGAAGAAAAAAUCAAAAAAGUUCAUCUGAGCAUCUGUUUCCCGGAUUAUGAUGGUCCCAACACAUAUGACGAUGCUAGCAAUUACAUCAAGAGCCAAUUCCUGGAUCUCAACAUGCGAAAAGAUGUCAAGGAAAUCUAUGCACACAUGACAUGUGCUACUGACACACAAAACGUCAAGUUUGUGUUUGAUGCCGUGAAAGACAUAAUCAUUAAAGAAAAUCUCAAAGACUGUGGUCUUUUCUGAACAUUUAGGCUACAGUCUUUAUCAGGCCCUUCUGGCUCUAGUCUUUCCAGCUUUCGCAUGAAGUGUGUUCCAUUACCAAGAUUGAAUUGACAUGACCAGCUUCUCCAAGUCCAUGUUUAAUUGACUUCAUUAUUCUCACCAGCAAGAUAAGCAGAAAAAUAAAUGUGGUAUGAUGUGUCAUGCCUACUGUAUUGCUUUCCAGGUCUCAAACAUUUCAUUAAUAAAAGCAACACUAAAUUGAGAGGGAUAGUUGACCUAAACUGGUG